AUGUCCAACAACAAAUCUGCAAAGUCCAGCAACAAGUCCGCUGUGGAGCAUGCUUCCGCUGCCAAGGCGCCGCCUAGAAAGUCAAAUAGCACGAGUCGGUCAGCCGAUCAAGUCAAACAGACAAACAAUACCCAUCGAUCCGUCCUUUCUGAAGCAGACUUGUCAACAAUGUCAUUGCAAGAGCUUGAAGAGAAGAAGAAAGCAUUGUGCCCCAUCUGGAAAAAUCAUUGUGCAGACAGCAUAGAGUACAAAGAGGCUGCACGAGCCCACAAACAGAUCAAGGAUGUAAUCUCACAACGACAACACAUGGAACCACCAUCAACUGUCCAGGCAGAAACAGAAGUUGGAACGCAAGCUGACGGAGCUGCCUCAUCCAAGCAAUCUCAAACUAGUCGCCCAGCCGUUGCUUCGAUGUCAAGUCACGAGAACAAGUCCAAAGGACCAAAGUCGCAGCAGCAAGCUCCACGUUCGAAUCACUCGAGCAGCACUAGUCAGUCGCCCGUUGCCUCGAUGUCCAAUAACAAAUCCACAACAAACAAUAAACAGCGACGCCUAAAACGUGACCCUUCGACAAUGACCCUGGACCAGCAAGAUGACGAAGCCAUAGUGGAGGCACCACCCGCUGUUGCUGACGAAGUUCACGUGGAGGAUUCGUCUGAACCAUCCAGUGAACCAGCAGCGGAGGAAGGCAUCUCGAGCACCAAUUCAGUUCCCGACGAGACAGGCACCAACAAGGUGGAGCCCACUCAGGAGAAGUCCACACAGUCAACUCUGUUACCAGACUGUGGCGGUGAUAUUGUCGGAAUGGAAAGUAGUCUACUUUCCACUAGUCCAAGAUUGCCAAGUCCAGAAAGUAACAGCGACAUGGGUGCCGUCGACAUGGGUGCCGUCAACAUGGGUGCCGUCGACAUGGGUGCCGUCGACAUGGGUGCCGUCGACAUGGGUGCCGUCGACAUGGGUGCCGUCGACAUGGGUGCCGUCGACAUGGGUGCCGUCGACAAAAUUGCAGCUCCAGCCGGACCUUUCAGUCACGGCACCCAGCCAGUUUUCGGCCCUCCAACACCUGCACGUACGUCUACACCACCACCUCCUCCACUCGCAAGUGGCACACAUGGAGCAACAGGUGGUGAAGUAGUGGCAGUAUUGACACCGAUGAUAGCGGGAGCUAUUGGAGUGGAGCCUAAAAUGGGGGGUGAAGAAAGCCGAUUGUCUCACAAAUCAACUUCAGGGCGACGGUUUGUCAAACCAGCAGCAGCAUCGAAGACCACCACCAGAGAAGACGACGCAUCAAGCUCCGAGCCAAGCUCCGAGCCAAGCUCCAAGUUCUGGGGUCUCAAGGCUAAACGUCCUGGACCCAGCAGCAAGACUGUGCGUGAUACCACUCAAGCGUCAAGCUCCAAGUCUGACGGUGACGGCGGUGAUGCCAAGAAGAACAAAACCGUGGCUUUCGUUCUACCACCGGAUUCAGAAGCCUGCUCGAAAACAUCAACUCGUCUGUCAACUGACUCUGCACACUCUGCACACUCUGCACACUCAGUCUGCCUAAAGGAUAAAAUUCUUGGGCAGUCGCAUCCUGAUGACAGCUAUGCCUCUAAUGUUUGCUCUUUCUCCUUUUUGGACGAGUGCCAAAGUCCCAAGUCCAAGACUACUCGAGUCAACAGCACACCAGGCAAUGCUGCAGCACCGAAGACUACUGGAGAAUUCGCAGCACCCAAGACUACUGGAGAAGACACAAGUGACGCGACUCCUGCUGUCGGACGAGCAGCAGCAGCAUCAGAAAAUGGCGACUCAGAUUCUUUGCAUGUCUCUGCAACAUCAACAGAGCCAUCUCAAGCCAAGGAUGCAAGUUCUUUGAAUUACAGUUCUGACACUUCAGAGAACGAGCCGUCGAAGAACGAGUGGUCUGAAAGCCACGAGCAGUCUGAAAGCCACGAGCAGUCUGGAAGUCUGGUUGACACAGAGAAGCGGAAUGAAAGUUCAAAUUUGGACUUUGGCUCUUUCAAUUCAAACGAUGAUCCACUUGUUGGUGGUGGUAUUCCACUUGAGCCGGAUUCCCCCAAAGUCAGGCUGGAUGAAUCUAUUGAUUUCGAGAAGACACCCACCCGUGCCUUGGUUGAAGGAUCCAAUCCACGAAUCUCUAAUGUUUCUGGAAUCACUCAUGUUUCUGAUAUCACUCAUGAUGAUGAAGAUGACGCAACUCCUGUUCUGACAGCUGCCGAGUCUUCCGGAUCCACCAACAGCGACGAGCUUGUCACUCCUCUGGGUGAUGUUCCUGCUAGAGACGACACCGGCGCUGAAGCUACCUCGGAAGACACCAGUCAAGCCGAAGCUACCACGGAAGGCACCAGUCGAGCCGAUUCGAGCGCAAGCGCCUUAGACAGCAGCGAUGUUCCUGCUAGAGACGACACCAGCGCUGAAGCUACCUCAGAAGACACCAGUCAAGCCGAAGCUACCUCGGAAGACACCAGUCAAGCCGAAGCUACCACGGAAGACACCAGUCAAGCCGAUUCGAGCGCACAUGCCUGGGCCAGUGAAGAUGAGCCACCAUUGUUGACAGAAUCCGACCAGGAACGACUAGCAAAGGAACGCCAGCAAAACCACAACAAGAAUUCCAGCCACGACAAGGAUUCCGUGGAGACUGCUGUCACUGCCGCAAGUGCCCCCGCCGUCAGUGAAAAGGAAAAAGAAGCCAAGAGUGGUGAUGAAUCCAAGUCGAAGAGUACCAAUGCCUCGGCCGAAACAUCAACUGCCCAGCGCAGAUACCUUGGACCAAAUCUGACAGCCCAACGUAAAAGUAAAGACGUCCCAGUGUUAGGACAACCUGGACCACACGUGUCUUUGUUGGAUCUCAAGAAAGCCGAGGUUGAUCCACCCGUCUUCAACAACAACGCAGCCAAGAAUAUCGACGGGGCCACCUCUGGAGUUGCUGGUAUUUUGGCAGGUUCAGCAUUUGCCGCUGCAUCCGACUUUCCUCCAGAACAGAGAGUCAGGCAGUCACAAAAGCGAAAACCUCUUGCAGUCACUGGCCAAGUGCAAAAUCUUGACGACAAAACUUCGAAUGUGUCCCUUGCAGCAGAGUCUUCCAGCCCUGGUUACAACCUCAACCACAAAUCAAAGACACGCAAGCGCAACGGAGCACCCAAACUACCGUCUAACAGUGCAACACAUGAGGACUCGGCAUCUCGCUUUAAAAAACAGAAACUCAACAAGGAAACUAAAGAAGAAGCUGCAGAAUCAAGCGGAACAUCCAAAGACAAACCCGGUAGCUCCACAGAAUCUUCAAAGGAUUCUAGCGAGAAAGAGAAUUCAAAGGAAGGCGAGCACAAGGAGGACUCCAAUCCAGAAUUGAACGAAGCAGAGGCCGACAAAGAAGCACACCUUUCCAGUGAAGAAGCCGAGCAUAACGCCUCGAUCUUGAAAGGUCUUAAAGCUUUCAUUGGCAACAGAUCAGAAGACAAUGUGCUUUUGGUUUAUCCCUUUGCUGGCGAUGCCAAUGAAAUUGAGAACUGUGCCAGUGGGCUGCAAGAAGCAAGUGGAGAGCUGUUCUCUGAUAUUGUCCCUGCUGGUGCAGCCACACCAGUUGAUGAUAACAAGGUGUCAUCUUCGCCUGAAGCCACGGAUCUCCGUGGUCACAAAUGCAAUGUCCAAGUUCGUGAUGUUGCAAAGCUCAAACCUGGGGUGUUCCUCAACGACACCUUGGUUGACUUUUGGAUCCAGUGGAUUACUAGAAAGGCACAUCAAGACCAACCCGGCAACAUGGUGCAUUGCCUCUCAGCGCAUUUCUUCACUAAAUUGGCUGACGAGGGUCCGGAUGCUGUGACAAAAUGGACAGCACGAAGAAACAUUGACAUCUUUACAAAGAAAUUCAUCUUUAUUCCAAUCAAUGAGACAUUGCACUGGUCUCUCUGCGUGGUCGUCAAUCCUGGCUCUAUUCUUGAAGAGGCCAAUGAUCAGCCCCUGGCUUGUAUGAUUUUCCUAGACUCCGCCAAAGCCCACAGUAAGCUUGAGGUGUCCAAAGCAGUGCGCAAGUGGCUAAAUUCCGAGUGGAAGAGACUAAAGCCCGACAGUGAUGUCAAGGAUCCAUUCCAAAAGGAAGGGCGCUUCCCAAUGUUCGACCCUAAGAUUCCUUAUCAGAACAACAGCUGGGAUUGCGGUGUCUUCAUUUGCCAAUACGCAUACUCAAUGUACGCCCUCAGGGGCCAACCCUUCAAUCACGGCAAUCAAUGGUUUGCAACGAAUUUGAUUGAGAACACAGACUGCUUCCACUUUGGAAUGAAUGACAUUGCCAGGCUACGGUUGGAUAUCUUGAAUCUCAUCCAAAAUCUUUCCCACAUCUAUCUUCAGUGGAAGUCACAGCAAAAAGAAGAAUUGGAUGGCAACCAAGAGGACAACGUGUGCUACAUUUUCGAAGAAGGUUCUGAGCCCUUGCCCUUGGAGGAUCAUGCCAAUGUGGAGCCCUUGGUGGACAAGGAAGAUGGUGACAACUUGGAACAAGAUGCAGAUCCCUUGGUUGGCGACAAGUCCAAAGAGGACGGCACAGUUGUCUGGUCGACUCACACGGAUUCUGCAAAUUCGGCUGCCGCCACCACAGAAUCAGCAAAUGCUGAAGACAAGCCCGGCAGCUCCACAGAAUCUUCAAAGGAUUCUAGCAAGGAAGACAACAGCAACAGCAACAGCAACAAAGGUCGAGAUAAGACUGCCCACCAUGCACCUUCCGCCGCAGAAUUUUCAGACACCAAAGCAUCUGCCACAGAAUCAAACAACAUCACUCCUCGCGAAGAAGUCAAAGAAGGUGCCAAUGUCAACGAUGAACCCAACCAGACGGAAAAAUCCACAGGAUCUUGGCCUACAGCCACAGGAUCUUCGCCUACAGCCACAGCAUCUUCGCCUACAGCCACAGCAUCUUCGCCUACAGCCACGGCAUGGACAGCAUAUCAAGAGGUGUUCCAAGAUCUACUUGUCAAGCAAAUCAAGAACAUGCACGCGAAUGAAGCAGAGCUACCGGACAUAGCUCUUCGAGUGAAACUCGAAAUGGCAAGAGCGAAGAGCAUGCUUCAGUCCCUCAGUAAAAGGUUCCACUACAAAGCAGAAGGAUGGGAACAUAAGUAUCUCCGUGGAAAACAAGCUAAACAAUCCCGUUGUGUGCUUGCAGUCAGCAGCCUCAAGUACACCAAGUACACCAAGCAGGGUUGGGUGUCGUACUUCUACCAUUCCCUAAGAAUUUGUAACGGUCAAGCUGAUGCCCGAUUUGGCCAAAGAGUCAUUUCAGAUGGCGACAUGCAACACCUCCUCUCCGACUGGGGUUAUGCCGUGCUUCAAACAGCUACGUUUCAAGAGCCUGGAUGGAAGAAACUCAAUAAUCCCAGACUCUUUCGCGAGUUUGAGGAUUGCCAGGUUUUCCUUCAUAUUCAGCCAUUUCCUGGACUGCCUGCUGUGGCUGGUGGUGCCACAGGCUUCCAAUUGAAAAGUACGACAGGUCAGCCAUUCAUCAAGUUCCACACUGACUCAUUGUUCCAAGCUAGGAACAAUGAAACCAAGAAAGGAUGGCAACUACCAGUGCAGGUGAUGGCCGAAGCCAGAAAACGGCAUGCCGAUCAAAACAUUUCAUGGUUAGAAAUUACAGCUGGAAAAGCUGCAAAGCAUUCCAGCAAAUGCUUCGAGUACAUCAAGCCUGAAGUACUCCUUGAUUUUGUGGCAGCGGACGACGAGUAUACAUGCGUGAGCACUUCUUUUUGCUCGGCCCUUGCACUUUGUCCUGGCAUGAAGGAAAAGGCUCAAGCAGUGCAUGAUGCCUCGACACAUUUCGACCUCGCCAACAAUUAUUACGACAACCUCAUACAAACAUUUCUGAAGCUCACACAGUGGAAGUGGAAGGCUGAAAAACUGACGAAGGAAUACUGUCCCUUGAAUGGUAGCAAUCAGUACGACGACGGAGUGGUUCUCAUGAUCCUAGAAUCUGAUGAAUGUAAUCAUGCAGCCGCAACCUACAAGGACAUGCUUAUUGAGGGAUCUCUCCAAAACGCUUUAAGGCUUUCGGAGGCCAAUCUGAACCAUAUUUGUGGAGGCGAACAAGGGAGCUACAAAGGAAUCAGACAAGGAUGGCAUUUCCGUCCCAUAUCGGCCACCUCCAAGGUUGAUACGGCUUUGUCAUCGGAGCAACAUCGAUCCAACAGUCUACAUGAUCAUGUUCCAACCAUAUUGUCAAAUUGCUUAACUCGAGCCGGCAUUCCUCAUGAUGAUACCCGUCUGAAGCAAAUACACCAACCCAGCGGCAACGAAAAGUCCGCGGCACUUACAAAAAGUCUCAUCAAAUUCGGAUUAACUCCAUACAACAACAAAAACGGCUCAAACGGCCCAACAAGCUUUGCGCAACUACUUUUCGGGGAAUCGAUGAGAACUUUCCUGGUCAUUGUGAGGGUGAAUGGUGCCUUGAGUGCAUUUAUAGUGUCAGUCGGAGAAAGCGGUGGUACUCUCUUCCGGGAUGUCGAUACAGUGCAACCUUACACCAAGGCUAACCAUGUUGUCAAAGGGAAUGCCAAUAAAACAAAAGCAGCUGCAAAACAACUGGCAAAGUCAUUGUAUCACCAAUCUCACACCAGCAAUGUUGUUUUUGAUCCUGUGGUCGCCUUGGAGAUAACCAAAACAAACGCCUCAGCAGCAGACCAGCCUACUACGAGUCUCCAAGAGAAUAUCAGAAUCACCCGCACUGAUUAUCCUCAGCAGGCCAAUUCAGCAUCGAGAGCUGCCAGAGGAGCCGGAGCUCAUUCUCAACAACGGCCUCAAAAAAGGCAUAAGACGAGUCAAAUCAGUCUAUCGCUGCCACAAGUACAGUCUCUUCCCUUCGUCAGCCAGAGUUCCUCUCAACCACACCCUUCUUCCGGGAAGCAGUCAUCCAAUGCCAGCAAACAAGCUUUUUCUACACUGACCUUGGAUAAGCUUGCAGCAGAGAAGAAGCCUCUCUCAACAGACUACGGAAAACAUGACAAAAAGAAACACCAAUCUUUUGUUGCAACUCCUGGGCUCCAAGAAUUGGUGGGUGGAUAUCCUUCAUCCGACGAAGAAGAUGAGUGA